AUGGUUUCACCGAUGCCCUCGGUUGGUUCAGUCGUUGGUACCUCAUUACUGUUCUUCUCUGGUGCCCUGAUAAUGCGCGGAGCAGGAUGUACCAUCAAUGACCUGUGGGAUCGAAAUCUCGACCCUCACGUCUCCCGCACUCGACUUCGACCAAUUGCUCGGCGCGCCAUUUCUCCCUUCAACGGCUUAGUGUUUACCGGGGCUCAACUUCUAGCUGGUCUAGGCAUCUUGAUUCAAUUUCCAGCGCCUUGUCUUUUCUAUGGCAUACCGAGUCUUUUGUUCGUUGCGAGUUACCCCCUGGCUAAACGAGUAACCUACUAUCCACAAUUUGUCCUAGGUUUGACAUUCUCAUGGGGCGCGAUAAUGGGCUUUCCAGCUUUGGGCAUAGACUUGUUGUCAAACGGGUCAGCUCUAGCGGCUGCCGCCUGCCUUUACGGCUCCAACAUCGCCUGGACCGUCUUGUAUGACAUGAUCUAUGCGCAUAUGGACAUCAAAGACGACGCUAAGGCUGGCAUUAAAAGUAUUGCAUUGAAGCACGAUUCACAAACCAAGCAAAUCCUCACAGGGCUAGCUACAACGCAAAUCGCUCUUCUUGCCGCCGCUGGCAUUGCCACUGGUGCUGGACCGGCUUUCUUCAUCGGAAGCUGCGGCGGAGCUGCAGUCACUCUGGCACUUAUGAUCAGGAAAGUCAACCUUAAAAGUGUCAAGAAUUGUUGGUGGUGGUUCGUAAAUGGAUGCUGGAUUACGGGUGGCACUAUUAGCUUGGGCCUAGCAGCAGAUUAUCUCAUCCAACUUUCAGACAAGCCUACUGCUGGUGAUGACAUGGAUCCGGAACGAUGUCAAUACUAA